GAACCUAUCUGGGCCUCUGAGACUGAAGGAAACACAGCUCAAGUCCUCAGGAACAUAAGAAUUGGUGGUUAGUUCAGGUACCGCAAGGAUCCAUUUAGCCAUGGAAAUGAAUGAUGGGCCUUCAGGCAGGGAAAACACCAGGGACUUCAUGAAAUUUUCCUCUGCAGAAAUGGAUUACAAAUCAACUCAGGGGUUUGAUAGAAUUCUCUCUAAAAUAGCAUUCCCUAACCCAAGAAUCUGGGGAAAUUUACUGUGGAAUUCUCAGGAGUCACAAUCCAUAGAACAACCUCCUCUUGUGAAAAUUCAUGACAUCCAUCAACAAGUCUGGAUUCUUCUGGAUGGGACACUUAGAACAACUCCCUAUGAAGAUAAUGUGAACCCAGUUACUCUGGAGGUAUUACCAUGUAGAGAUGACUCCCUUCCUAAAGGCAAAGGGCAGCCUAUUUACCUGGGCAUAAAGGCAUCAGGCUUUUGUCUGUGUUGUGCAAUGAGUGGAGAGCAGCCCACACUGCAGUUGGUGGAGAAGAACAUAGCAGACCUGUACAAAACACCUGAGGCAGUGAAGCCUUUUGUCUUUUACCUGAAUCAGACUGGCAGCACCUCUACCCUUGAGUCAGCUGCCUACUCUGGCUGGUUCAUCAGCACAUCUUUAUACAAAAACCAACCUGUUACCCUCACCCAAAACUUAAGAAGCCAGUAUAAUACCGACUUCUUUUUAAAAAUAGAAAACCCCAAAUUGGAGCCCCAUGUCUCUACAUAG